AUGGACCAUCCCGGCGCGACCAUUUCCCUGUCCUCAAUCACCAACCCUAGGGCCAGGUCCAGGUCUCGCGAUGGCCGCUUCAUCGAGGAGCCCAGGCAGUCGCGGCCUUCGUACGGUGACUCGCGCGAGUCCAGCUAUGUGUACCCGGAUGACGACCUGCGAUCCCCUCGUGGAUCUGGCGGCCAUCUGCCCUACCCGGACGACGACAAGCUGAAAUAUUUGCCACAAAAGUAUGGUCACGGCCUACUCGAUGACGUGGACAAUCUGGCCUACGGCGUGCCGCCGCCACACUCGGGCCGGUCCAGCGGCCAUCGCAGCUCUCAGUCGGUGGACAUUCGAAAGCACUCGGACUCGGAUCGGGACGAUCCCAGGGGUCACCGACGGGACGGGCGAAGCGGCCGAGACCGAUCACCGCAGCCGCCUACCGGUCGCAUGUCGACGCUGACGGUUAACACCGGCCGAGGCGCAAGCCUGUCGCUUGCCUCGGCACCGGCUUCUCCGCUGCUUGAAUCAUACCAUGGCACAUAUCAGAACUGCUCGCCCAUGCCCUCUCCUCUGCUGCUCGCGUCCAAGCACCCGGGAGACCUCCCGAGAGUUGUGGAUGCCCUUUCGCCCAUCUCUGACGGUGAAGGCGAUGGCACUAGACUCAACCGACGAGCUCGCUUCCAUGAUACAGAGGACAUUUCCUCUCGUCUUGCGCGAGCUCUCAAGGGCACUCACAAGCCCGACGUUGCGCCGUUCAUUGAAAUCCUUCCCAGCCUGUCGCAUGAGCAAGUCAUGGAGCUCCGCUCAGAGUACAAGCACAUCGUCAAGACUGGCACGGACCGCAAGGGCGUCAACAUCGCCAAGCACAUCCGCGCCCGCUUCAAGGACGAAGAUCCACUUCUCAUGAAGGCAUGCUACACCGUCGCUCUUGGCAAGUGGGAGAGCGAGGCCUAUUGGGCCAACUUCUGGUACCAAGGCGACAAGACCCGUCGCGAGCUGCUCAUUGAGUCACUCAUGGGGCGCACAAACGAAGAGAUUCGCCGCAUCAAGGACUCCUUCUCCGACAAGAAGUACGACAACAGCCUGACCAAGUGUAUGAAGACGGAGCUCAAGGAGGAUAAGUUCAAAAAGGCCGUCUUGAUGGUUCUGGAUGAGCGCCGCAUGGAGGAGUUUGACUACGAGGGCCGCAGACUCCCGCUCGACUAUAAGCUCAUCGAUCAGGACGUCGAUGACUUGCACAAGGCGGUCAAGUCCGAGAAGGGUGGAGAGACCUUGAUGAUCUCCAUCGUCGUGCAGCGAAGCGACAGCCAUUUGCGUGCCGUGCUCAAGGAGUAUGAACACCAAUACCGCAGCAACUUUGCCCGUGACGCGCUCAAGAAGAGUAACAACCUUGUGGGCGAACUCCUCGCACACAUCCUCAACGGCGUCAUCAACCGCCCCGUCCGAGACGCCCUCCUCCUGCAACACGCCAUCACCGCCUCGCGCAAGGACUCGCUCCGCCGGGAGCUGCUCAUCUCGCGCCUCGUCCGCUUCCACUGGGACUCGUUCCACAUGCAAGACGUCAAGAGGGCCUACCGCGAGCGCUACGGCAUAGACCUGCAGGACGCCGUGCGCGAGGCCACGAGCGGCGAGUGGGGGAUGUUUUGCCGCGAGCUGUGCAUUGCGCGGAUGCCCAAUGAGAUACGAAGAAUGGAGAAUACGAGGUAA